AAAUGAAAACCUUUUGCGGAUCGAAGUAUAUAAAACUUAGCUUGUAUUUCGAGUCUCAUUUAUUUAUUUAUUUACGAUGAUGUUAUUUUCGUGCUUCUUAAUAAUUAUAACAGUUGGGUUUUUAUAUAUUCCCAUAUUGCAUAAACACUAUCGUAAAAUUAAAGUAAUAACGAAUGAAUCUACAGAAAAGAAAAUCCAAAUUUAUCCACAAGCUCCUGGUCCUCUUCCAUGGCCAAUAUUCGGAAACCUUAACUUGUUAAAGUCUCACAAAGGGCCGUUGCAAGCAUUCACGGAUCUCUCUAACCAAUUUGGAGACAUAUAUACGUUAGUUAUGGGAAAUACCAGAUGUAUUGUUGUAAGCAAAUUGGAGGUGAUUCGAGAAGUACUUAAUCAAAAUGGAAAGUUUUUCGGUGGCCGACCAAAUUUCAUACGAUAUCACAAGCUGUUUGGAGGAGACAGAAACAAUUCUCUGGCUCUUUGUGACUGGUCAUCAUUGCAGAAGAGACGACGUAACCUUGCAAGAAAGCACUGCUCUCCGCGGAGUUCAUCUCCUCAUUUUACGAAGAUGUCAAAUGUCGGAUGUUUGGAAACUGCAAUAUUGUUGAAACUACUAAACGAGGAAAUUAAUGGCAGUAAACUCAUUUCAAUUAAGCCUUUUAUUCAACGUGCCUGUGCAAACAUGUUUUUUAGUUACAUGUGUUCUUUACGUUUUGAGCACAAUGAUCUGGAAUUUUGUGAAAUCGUCGAGUUUUUCGACAAAAUCUUUUGGGAAAUAAACCAAGGGUAUGUGUUAGACUUUCUGCCUUGGCUAGCACCAUUCUACAAAUAUUACAUAAAAAAGAUAGUUCACUGGUCUUCUACCAUACGAUGUUUUAUUAUGAACCGCGUCAUAAAACGAAGAGAACUAUUUAAGAACCAACCAGAGGACGACUUCACAGAAGCUUUGCUUAAACAUCUCUCUGAUGACAAGGAUGUGGCAAGAGAUACAAUACUAUUUAUGUUAGAGGACUUUAUUGGAGGACAUUCGGCUGUAGGAAACCUAGUAAUGCUGACUCUUAUGUAUUUGGCAAAAAAUCCCAUUGUAGCGAAAAAAAUUCAAUUAGAAGGAGAUUUAAUUUCUCCCAAGGAACAACACACAAUAAGUUUUUAUGAUAUCGAUGCUAUGCCUUAUACUAUAGCAACUAUAUUCGAGGUUUUGAGAUGCUCAUCCUCACCCAUAGUUCCACAUGUGGCAACUGAAGAUGUCGUCAUAUCUGGUUAUGGGAUCGCGAAAGGGACUAUUGUUUUUAUAAACAAUUACAAGUCAAAUUACAGUAAGUUAUACUGGAAACAACCUCACUGUUUCCAACCGGAAAGGUUUUUGGAGCAAAGAGUAUUGAGACAACCAGGGAAUAAACCUAGCACAGCAGACUAUGGAACCGGAGCAAUCUUUGUUGAUAACCCAAAAGGUUCAAUGGGGACCGAAGCAAAAAAUUACCCCCCGCAGUUAAAAAAAAACAUAUCAUUUUUCCUGCCGUUCAGUAUUGGAAAACGAACAUGCAUUGGACAAAAUUUGGUGCGAGGCUUUGGAUUUAUUCUAGUAGCUAAUAUAUUAAGGCAGUACGACAUCAAAUACGAAAAUAAUACUACUAUUGAUGUACCCAAGGGGAGCAUUGCACUACCUGCCAAUCCGAUGCCGUUGCUUCUAGUAAAGAGAAACCAAAACUUUUGAAAGAAACCUGCUUUCUGCGAAAUGCUGAAAGUUCUAAACUCAUAAGCAAAAUUCUUAUUUCUCGUUUUACAUAUGAGCUAAGAAGGUGAAUAUUUGUCAAACUACGAUGAAACUCAAUAAAUAUAUUUUCUCGAUACACUUAUAA